AUGUCGCUGACCCUCGGUAUCCCUCCCGAACGUCACGAUGCAAUUCUCGACGAGCGAGCGACAAGUUCCGAUGACGAUGCCAGUAGAUGGUGGUUUCUCUGCCGCAAACUCCACUUGUCCAAGAAGUUCCAGACCGACGAUGGAAAGUUCGACUCCGAUGCACUCGCCAAAGCCUUGAGCGAGGUCAUGGCAAGAGAUCGCGGCGAUAGAGAUGUACCGGACCUGUCUCGCUACACACCGCAACAUUGUCUCAGAGAUGAUCGUGAGCAGGAGCGGAGACUUGCUCGUGUGGAAAUCCUAAAGAUGACGAGUCAAGAGAUGGAAGUCGAAUUAAAGCAGCAGUUGUGCGACUUUAAAGAGACCACACUCGACAAAUACCAGUUCUCAUACGACGACUUCAUCCAUGUCCGAGAGUUUUCCAUUUGGGCUCAGAUGGUGGCCAACGCGGCUGACCUCGCCCUGACGCAUUAUAAGAACCAGAAAGACAAGGAGGAUCACCUCAAGUCACUACGACGCCUUGUUGUCGAUCUGGGGCAAGCCAUAGCCGGAUGCGACACCAUUCAGGACUAUAUCAGCAUUAACAAUCUUCUGUUCUGGUCAGCAGAGGGAGUUUUGAAUUUUACCUCAAAACAUGUACCAGCAGGAUCGCUUGGAUCCAAUGACAACAUCUAUGUAGGAACAGGAUCGUUGAGAUCCGCGGCCAAGAUGUUCCUCAUGAAUUACGUCGUGUCCAUCUUAGUCGUUGAGUCGAAGGCAAAGAUUUUGAGCCCCGGGCUGCCUGAGUUGGAACAGGGGAUACCAUCCAAGGAUCUUGACAUGCUUCUCAAGGAUCGUCUCGAGAUCGUGGACACGGCAAUUGGUUCAAUUCGGAAAAUCCAGCUGUUCCAAAAACCCCCCAGUUACCUUACAACUGACGGCAAAGUUGAUUUUGAGAGCUUCACAAUGGUAAUUGCGAAGGGGAUGGCCAUUGACACACAGUAUCCGCUGCCCCCGCUCAAGAUGAUCCUCGAUUUCGAGGGCGCUUGUUUCGUCGAGACCAUGAGCCCCUCACAGAGGCUUGGGCGUAAAUUGGACAGGAGUCGCCUACAACAAGAGGGGGGGUAUAGCAUUUUUGAAAGGCAGGAGACUGAGAUUAUGCAGCGUCUAACGAGUGACGGGUGGAUCAAAUCGAUCAUGGAUAGGGCCAAGAUCGUGUCCGAUGACUUGCUCUCGCCAAAGGCAGUGCAGGAGAUGACCGAGCAGCUGGCGGUGGCAAUUGGAGGCCAGCUGAAGGAGGGGCCCCGGGUCGUCUAUAAAAAGCCAGGGGAUGGGGAGGUCCAUGUACGGCUCACGGAAGUCCGACCCUUUAUCAUCGACUUGGGCGGAUCCGUGAAGAGGUGGAAGGAUUUCCAGACCUACUUGCGCUUCAGCCUCUAUCUCUUCUGGGCUACGGCUGACGCCUGGUGGUCUUUGCCUCCUGGCACCACAAACCAGGAAGCACGAAACAACGUGCAGAACACCGCCGAGAAAUUCUUGCGGAACUACCUGGCGUUGGUUCUGAUCGGUGAAGCCAAACAGGAGGCACAGAGAUUGGAGCAGUCCAAGGCCGAGCAACGGAAGCCCAAACAGCCCACCACAAGUUCAACUAGGGUAGCGGAGCCAAAGCCCGAGCAGCCCAAGCCUGACGAGCAGUCAAAGCCCGAUGAGCAGUCCAAACCCGACGAUGAGUCCAAGCCUGACGAGAAGUCCAGCACAGAUGCAACCGGUGCAGCGGAGUCCAAGCCUGAGCAGUCCAGCAAAACUAAACCCGUAAUGUACAACAUCCCCCGCAAACCGGUCUCUUCCACUCCGGGGGGAAAAUCGAAGUGCUGUAUCAUCCUCUAA